CCAUGACUGUCCGUGCAGUGGGUGUAUAAGAUUUUCUUAUUUUCCGUUGGGAGUUCCUGAAUCCUGACCGAAUCUUGGCAACGGAAAAGGGAGGAAAAAGGAGGAGAAAAAUGGACGCUGUUACUAACGGUUUCUUCUCAACAGUCCUCAGAAUCCAACAUGAAAAUGAGUUCUCUUCAAAAAAGAGACUUUUCUGCAGUUCCAUGGUAUCCAGAAAAUCUUCUAGAAUAAAUAGAGUUUCCUGCAAAGUUUCAGGUGGUGGGAUUGAAGAUAACCCCACGAGAACCAGUAGCAGCGGGACCAAGAUGGAAGAGUAUAACGUUGCGAUGAAGAGUAUGAUGAGGAACCCAUAUGAAUACCACCAUGAUCUUGGCAUGAACUAUACCCACAUAACUCACCAUUUGAUUGUGGGUUCCCAGCCUCAGAAGCGUGAAGACAUAGAUCAUCUGAAGAAGGAGGAGAAAGUAGCCUACAUUCUAAACUUGCAGCAGGAUAAGGACAUUGAGUACUGGGGAAUUGAAUUGGGGUCCAUUGUCAAUCGAUGUAAAGAACUUGGUAUCCGUCACAUGAGAAGGCCUGCAAGGGAUUUUGAUCCAGAUUCCCUAAGGAAGGGAUUACCUAAAUCUGUUUCUUCAUUGGAAUGGGCCAUAUCAGAGGGGAAAGGAAGAGUUUAUGUACACUGUACGGCUGGAUUGGGGAGGGCCCCUGCUGUUGCAAUUGCUUAUAUGUUCUGGUUCUGUGAUAUGAAUUUAAAUAAAGCAUAUGAGAGGCUUACUUCAAAGAGGCCAUGUGGACCAAAUAAAAGAGCAAUACGUGGAGCCACUUAUGAUCUGGCUAAAAAUGAUCCAUGGAAAGAGCCAUUUGAGAGCCUUCCUGAACAUGCUUUUGAGGAUAUAGCAGGUUGGGAGCGGAACUUGAUACAAGAACAAGUCCGUGCCCUCCGUGGAACUUGAGAAUGCAGUGUGUUUGCUUUGAUCUGUGGCCAUGUGUACCUCUGAUGUGACUGGAGAAGGGGUAUAUCUUCCUAAGAUGUCUUCACUUGGCUGGAGUUCUUAUCUGAAGUCAUGCGAUUCUUUUGAGUUAAACAACCCAAAGCUUCUUGAACAAAAUUCAUUAGUUCAUCUGAGCCACAAGUAACUGUUUAAAUUGUACCUUAAGAAACUUCAAUCACUUUUGCUGUUUAAUGGCCUAAAGUCUAUCAUAUAGAACCUUCCCUACCAAUAAUAUCAUUUCACAGAGUUAUUGUCGUAGCUUU